AUGACAGGGGCAGAGAGGAAAAAGAAAAGCAUACUCUGGAGCAAGAUGCAUGUCCCCGAUUGUGAAGACUUUAAACAGUGGUGUAGACGGCGGCUGCCUAUUUUGGACUGGGCGACACAUUACAGUCUGAAAGAAAACUUGCUUCCGGAUACUGUUUCUGGGAUAAUGCUGGCCGUUCAACAGGUAGCACAAGGGCUGGCCUUUGCUGUUCUGUCAUCUGUGCACCCAGUGUUUGGCUUGUAUGGGUCUCUGUUUCCCGCCAUCAUUUACGCCAUAUUUGGAAUGGGGCGUCAUGUUGCCACAGGCACUUUUGCCUUGACGUCCUUAAUAUCAGCUAAUGCAGUGGAACGACUUGUCCCUCUGAGCAGUCAGAACCUCACCACACACAGUAACACAAGUGUGCUGGGAUUAUCUGACUUUGAGAUGCAAAGGAUCAGUGUUGCUGCAGCUGUUUCCUUUCUGGGCGGUGUGAUUCAGGCGGCCAUGUUUGUGCUCCAGCUGGGCAGCGCCACAUUCCUGAUUACAGAGCCUGUGGUCAGUGCAAUGACAACCGGGGCAGCCACUCAUGUCGUGACUUCACAAGCCAAAUAUCUCUUGGGAAUGAAAAUGCCGUAUAUAUCUGGACCACUUGGAUUCUUUUAUAUCUAUGCAUAUAUCUUUAAGAACAUCAAGUCUGUGCGACUGGAAGCACUGCUCUUAUCCUUGCUAAGCAUCGUGGUGCUUGUACUGGUUAAAGAGCUGAAUGAGCAAUUUAAGAGGAAAAUUAAAAUUGUCCUUCCUGUUGACUUAGUUUUGAUUAUUGCUGCAUGUUUUACUUGUUAUUGUACCAAUAUGGAAAACACAUACGGAUUAGAAGUAGUUGGCCAUAUUCCAAAAGGAAUUCCUCCACCUCGAGCUCCCCCUAUGAACAUCCUCUCUGCAGUCAUCACUGAAGCCUUUGGAGUGGCACUUGUAGGCUAUGUGGCCUCAUUGGCUCUUGCGCAAGGAUCUGCCAAAAAAUUCAGAUAUUCAGUUGAUGACAAUCAGGAACUCCUGGCCCAUGGCCUCAGCAAUGUGAUCGCUUCGUUCUUCUUCUGUAUACCAAGUGCGGCUGCCAUGGGAAGAACUGCUGGCCUGUAUGGCACGGGAGCAAAGACACAGGUGGCUUGUCUAAUAUCUUGCAUUUUUGUCCUGAUAGUCAUCUAUGCAAUAGGGCCUUUGCUUUACUGGCUGCCCAUGUGUGUUCUUGCAAGUAUUAUUGUUGUGGGACUGAAGGGAAUGCUAAUACAGUUUCGAGAUUUAAAAAAAUACUGGAAUGUGGAUAAAAUUGACUGGGGCAUAUGGGUCAGCACAUACUUAUUCACAGUAUGUUUUGCUGCCAACAUUGGGCUGCUGUUUGGUGUUGUGUGUACCGUAGCUAUCGUGAUCGGUCGCUUCCCAAGAGCAAAGACUCUGAGUACAAAAAAUAUGAAAGAAAUGGAAUUUAAAAUGAAGACAGAAAUGGAUGAUGAAACCCUGCAGCAGGUGAAAAUUAUCUCAAUAAACAACCCGCUUGUUUUUCUGAAUGCAAAGAAAUUUCAUACUGAUAUAAUGAACAUAAUCCAAAAAGAAAAUACUGGAAAUCAACCACUUGAUGAAAUCAGAAAGCAUGAACAAAGCACAUUGCUCACUUCUCUGAGUGGCAUUUGCAACGAAGAAGCUACCCAGCCCUGCUUGAGUCCAAAGUGUUCUUUAAUCCUGGAUUGCAGUGGAUUGACCUUUUCCGACUAUUCUGGAGUCUCCAUGCUUGUUGAGGUUUACAUGGACUGUAAGAACAAGAGUGUGGAUGUGUCUUUGGUCCAUUGCACAGCUUCCUUGAUAAAAGCAAUGAAAUACUGUGGAAACCUAGAUUCAGAGAAACCAAUUUUUUUUGAAUCAGUGUCUGCUGCAAUAAGUAACAUGCAUCUAAAUAAGAAUUUGAGCAUACUCAGUGACCCCAGUGAAGUCUGA